UGGCCCCCAGGUGAGAGAAGGGCCUCCUUUUCUGCCUGAACUUGGCUGACCCGCACGGGUUUCUCCUUGCUCUUUCUGGACCUCCAUUCUACAGAAGGACCUGCCACCUGCUUGUUGCUUUUAGAGUCCUUGUGACUACUACCUGAAGAUGAGCUCUUGGGGCCAUCUCAGCUCCCAGGGACAACCUCCAAGGAUGGCCAAUCCUGGGGCCAGCCUUCCAGCCCUGAACUAUCAGGGCAUCCUGGAGCAGCUCAAGAAGCAGUUCCCCAGGUUCCCCUCUCACUUGCCAGCACAGAUGGAGAGCAUUUACUACUUGCUCCAGAGGAUCCGGCAGGGUCUACAGGAACAUCACAGACAGGCAGAAAACUUCCUACGGAUCAUGGAGACCUGCAGCCAACCCCGCCUUGGUGAACAGGCUGACCAGGACUCCUGGGGGCCAGCCAGCCCCAAGGCUUCCUGGCAACCAGAGGUCAAGCCCUCACAGCCUUCCAGUCUCCAGGGGCCGGACUUUGAAGAUGUAAUGGCCAUGAGGUCAUCUGACUGGCUCCAGCAGCCCUCCAGAAUAGACAAUGCCCCAGUCCACCAGCUAAACCCGCAGCCAUCCUGGGACUCAGAGCCCCUGUUUUGGCAAGAUGUUCUGACCCAGCAACUCUGGCAGAUUUUUGCUGGGACCUACCGUGAGGUGGACCAACCAAGUCAUAGGCUGACAGAACAGGUGCCAGGCCUGGAAAGCCAGGACCCAGGACCAUGCUACUCUGGAGUGGCAUCAUGUACCAAAGAUGAUUUAGUCCUCAGCCCCCCAAAACCCCCCCACAGCACCCCAGCAGGUUCCCAAGAAGGGAGCACAGCACCAGGCAUGGCAACAGGGGGGAUGCUUUCUCUUGUGACCCAGGGGUCAGCUAGGAGAGACUAUCACUUUCUGAAGCCCAUAUGCUGGGACCCUGAGGACUUCAAAGAUGCCUGGAGGCCGGAUUUCUUACCCUGGCAUUCCAGGAAGUUCGCCACCCCAUACAGAAUGGAGAAGAUGCGGACGCUAAAACAUGGAGAGCCCGUGCUGUCCAUAGCAGUCAGCAGCUUCAUGCGGCAUGCAUUCACCUGUGGCAGGGAUGGUGUCAAGGUGUGGUGUCUGGUCGGCCAGGUGGUAGAGGACAGGCUCCCUGUGAGUCACCUGCGUGUACAGACCCGCGGGGCCUACCUGCGCACCUGCCUAGUGUCCUCAGACAGCACCACUCUGCUGACAGGUGGCCACAACCUGGCCGGUGUGAGUGUGUGGGACCUGACGGCGCCUUCCCUCUAUGUGAGAGAUGAGCUGCCCUCUGUAGCGCUCACCUGCCAGGCCCUGGCUGCCAAGCUGGAGGACAAACUGGCCUUUGGUGGCUUCACCGAUGGCACCGUCAGGAUCUGGGACCUGCGGAACCAGAACGUGGUCAGGGACCUGCCGGGCCCCGUUAAUGGAGCCAAGAGCAUUGCUGUCAAAGGCCAGAACAUCUGGAUGGGGGGUCUGGAUGCCUCCCUGCGGUGCUGGGACCUGAGGAACGCUGGGGAGCCUCAGGAAUACCAAUUUGAGUCUCAGAUAAUAAGCCUAUCCCCCAGUCCUCGGGAGGACUGGGUUCUGGUGGGCACAGCCAAUGGCCAGCAGUGGCUGCAGCCCACCUGUGGGGGCCAGAAGCACAUGGUGGGCUGUAAGGACAGUACCAUCCUCGGUCUCAAGUUCUCCCCCUUCGGCCAGUGGUGGGUGAGCGUUGGCAUGGACAACCUGGUCAGCAUCUACAGCAUGCCCACCGGGUCAAUGGUGUUCCAGGUACCCGAGACCUCUUCAGUCAUGUGCUGUGAUGUCUCCUCUAAUAACCGCCUAAUCGUCACGGGGUCCAGGGACCACGCCUCAGUGUACCAGAUCACGUACUGAGGGGCUCACCACUGUCAUCCCAAUUCAGGGUCCUUUUCUUUGUCUUGUUUCCCCCAAUGAAGGGGGCUAGUGGUGAAGGGGCAUGGUGGAUGGGCUGGUGAUCUUUGUCACGUGUA